AUGUCCUGCACCGAGGCGACUGCCCAUCAUUCCCCGAGAAGUGGCUCCAGCUCCAUGUCUUCACGGUCCAGGUCUCAAUACGGCAGGUACCGCGCGCUGGCCCCGAGAUCUCGAGUGGACGAAACCCUGUUCGGGAGGCCCAAACCAGAAGGCAACAGUCCAAAGGUGAAAGACUCCCCGAAGGAUGAAGGAGAAACCAUUCAGAUCAUCACCAAAGACUUCAUCCGUAAUCUCCGGGUGCCCCGACGGGAUCCUGCCAGAGAGUUCAUCAUCCUUCCCCCGGCUGAACUCGAGCGGAUCACCUCAACCAAACAGUUUCUCUGCAAAGAAGACAGAGAGGCUCUGAAAAAGGCUUAUGAGAGAGAGCAAGAGGAGAAGAUGGUAGGAGACAAAGCUGCCGAUGAAAGGAAGAGUAAGAUCCACGAAGCGGACCUGUCCCGUAAGAAGAACCAGGCCCUGACCGACUUGGAGAUAGAGGCCCGGGACCGUGCGCAGAACCUGGUGGAGCGCGCCAACGCUUUGAGGAUGGAGCAAGAGGACGAGAUCAAAAAGCUUAACCAGCUUAUUCUAGGAGCUCAGUGUCAAGCAACCCGUGACGCCCAGAUCCAGGAGAGGAAACAGAUCCAGGCCGAGUUCGCCGAGGAGGAGAGGCGCCUGGACGUCAUGAUGGAGGUGGAGCGCCGCAAGGCUUUGGAGACCAUUGACAAGAUCGACGAGCUGCGCAAACGGGCGAGGAUCAAAGGAAAAGAGCAGAUCACCGGCCAGAUCCAGCAGCGCCUGGAGGAAAAGCAAAUCCAGGAUGAGAUGAAAGAGCUCCAGAAACAACAGAUCCGCGAGAACCAAGAGAAGAUGGCCCUGGAAGAUCUAAAGGGUUUGGAGAGGAAGAAGAUGGAGCAGCAGCUCAUGCAGGAAGAAAUCAUGCGCAUCAAUGCCGAGACGAUGCGGGCCAAGGAGAGGAGGCUGGAGGAGGAGAAGAUGGCCGACCUGAGAGCCAUGGAGUACAUGACGAAAAAGCUGGAGCGGGAGGCGGAAUAUGAGGCGGAGCAGAAGCGGAUAAAGAAGGAGAAGGAGCUGGACAUCGCCCGGCUCAGGGCGCAGCAAGAAAAGGCGAAGGACUACAAGGCGGAGCAGGACGAGAUCCGUGCUCGCAGGAACCAGGAAAUAAUCGAGAGACAGUGGAGGCUAAAGGAGAGACAGCAGGCGGCAAAGAGGGCGCGCGACGAGGAGAUGCUGAGGGUGGCCCGCCUGGAGCAGGUGAAGGACAAAGAGCACGGCCGCUCCAUGGAGGCGGGCCGGGAGAAGGCCACGUUUGAGAGGGUGCUGAGGGUUCAGCAAGAAUCCAUAACCAAGCAGGAGGAGGAAGAGGAGAAGCAGCGCCAGGGAGCCCAGCGCCACGCUCAGGCCAUCCGCCAGCAGGUGAGGGAGCGCGAGCUGUCCGCCACCGCCAGGCAGAGGGAGACCUUCAAGGAGGCCGACCGGCUGAUCGAGGAGGCCCGGCAGAGACGCCUGCGCCUCCACGAGAUCAAAGAGAGGAAGCUCAAGGAACUCAAGGCGACGGGGCUGUCUGAUAAAUACUGCUCAGAGGUGGAGAGGAAGGCCCGGACGACCAUAUCACAAGCGGACUAA